GACUCCUGGGUCCUACAUUUAGUCUUGACCUGCCCAUAAAUGGUGUGAGUUUGUUUCUUUCUCACACCCCAGCCUGUUUCGCAAUUGCAUCUCUUUCCCUUUCGGCCGAGCCCCGAGGGAGCGCGCGAUGAAGCGCGGCAGCGCCCGGAUGCUGAUGCUGAUGCUGAUGAUUGGGGGGGCGUUAAUUUGGCUCCUUCACACCGUGAGGAUCAAAGUGAGACAGACCCCGCAGGGGACCCCUUGCCCCGGCCCCGGCUCGUUGGAGCUGCCCGACGGGACCUUCACCUUCCGCUUGGAUCCCGCCGCCUUCCGGGCCGAGUUCCCCCAGCUGCAGAGCUACCGGUGCCGGGAGCUGAUCCCAGGGGACGGGGUUUGCACCGGGCCCCCGGGGCCGCCCCUGCUGCUCCUGGCCGUGAAAUCCCACCCAGCGUCCAGCGCCAGACGGGCCACCGCCCGCCGCACGUGGGCCCGGCCCGGGGUGCUGGGGGGCUACCGGGUCCGAGCCGUCUUCCUCGUGGGGGUGUCCCCCGAGCCCCGGCACAUGGCCCUGCUGGGCCGGGAGAGCGGCUUGUACGGGGACGUGGUGCUGUGGGAUAUCGCCGAGAGCCACCACAACCUGUCGCUCAAGGAGCGCUGCUUCCUGCGCUGGGUGGGGGCGCGCUGCGGGCAGGCGGAUUUCAUCUUCAAAGGGGAUGAUGACGAGUUUGUGAACCCCCCCGCCCUGGUGCCCUACCUGCGCCAGACGCCAGACGCCUCCCACGUCAUCCACGGCAACAUCCAGCGCCAUGCGGUCGUGUUCAGAGGGGGGAAAUAUCGUGUCUCCUCCGCCCUGUUCCCCCAGGACACGUACCCCGACUUCCCCGCCGGGGGCGGGUUCCUCCUGCCCAGGGCCAGCGUCCCAGCCCUGGCCGCGGCCUCCGAGCGCAUCCCCGUCUUCCCGCUGGACGACGUCUACUUGGGCUUCCUGGCGCUGGCCGCCGGGCUGCGGUACCGGCACGACGCCCGAUUCCGGGUGUACGGCAUGAAGGACGAGCUGUGUCUGUACGGGGAGGCCUUCGUGGUGCACGGGGUGUCGCUGGGCAGGGCGGAGGAGGUGUGGAGGGGGUUGUAUACGGAGCGACGGUGCAAUGGGAUGGGGCCUCUCCCCUCUUAGCGGGGCAGGGAAUGGGGCAGGGGCCCGUCCCCUCUAGGGGGUGCCGGCCACCGGGGAGAUGCUGGGUGAGUGUGAUGCUCUGUACCUCGGGGUCAUUCUCAUCCUUAUCAAGGAAGAUCAGGGUGGGAAGGGACCUCAGGAGGUAUCUAGUCCAACCCCCUGCUCAAAGCAGGACCAACCCCAACUAAAUCAUCCCAGCCAGGGCUGUGUCAAGCCGGGCCUGAAAAACCUCUAAGGAA